CGACGACCUCAUCGACGAGCACCAUUCUUCGUGGACAGCAUUCUGGAUGAUCUCGACCAGAUGGAAAUGGCACUGACACCAAUGCUAGACACCCUUUCGCGAAGAGAAGAUUCUGCAGGAAAGGUGGAAAGGAUUGUUGAUGACGACUCCAAGCUUGCAGUUUCUUUAAAUGUUGCGGAGUUCAAGCCAGAAGAGCUAUCUGUUGACUUGGAUGGAAGAGUUCUCAAAAUUCAAGAAAAGCAUGAAAUUAAACAAGAGAAUGGGUAUUCAAUGAGGACGUUUGUCCGGCAAUGGAUGCUCCCUGAAAAUAUCGAUAUUGUUGAUGACGACUCCAAGCUCGCAGUUUCCCUCAAUGUUGCGGAGUUCAAGCCAGAAGAACUGUCUGUUGACUUGGAUGGAAGAGUUCUCAAAAUUCAAGGAAAGCAAGAGAUUAAACAAGAGAAUGGGUACUCGAUGAGGUACGUCUCUUAUUUCUAA